GGUUUUUAGGCUUGUACCUGGUUAAUCAUUUGUUGUGUUGUUUAGCUCGUGCACAAUAAUAAAUAAAUUUGGUGUUUACUGUUUAGGCUAUAAUAUUUAAUUAUAAAAAUUUGUAUGCAAAUAACUUAUAUAUUACAACAUAAUAUUAACUCAUAGUAAAUGUUAUACAUUAGAUAGAGGAAAAACAGUAACAUUUCAAUAACUUAUACACCAACCGUUGCCACACUUGAAAAGUUCUUACAAAAAACAUGGUUAUCCAGCCUGUGGACACUUUAGUUAGUGAAUCUAAAAAAAUGGGGGAGCACUUUGAUAUAUGGCCCGCGGAAUCUAGUAUUGAGAUCUACAUAGAUCAAUAGAGGAGGUCAAGACGAAAUCAACCAUGCAUAACAAAUGGCGACAGUUACUGUUAAAAAGGAGGAGGAGGAGGAUGAUAGCAGCCAGCAUCCAGCUGCAGUGGAAGAUGAUUGCAGCCAACAACAUUAUCUAAUCCCUGGCUACAACAUGAUUUUCAUUAAAGAGGAGGCAUAUGAUGAGCAGGAUGCUGAAGAGAAUUCAGUAAGGACCGAACCAGAGAUGUGGGCUUCAAACUGCAGCACAUCUGGCCGAGACUAUGCAACAGAAGUGGGUGGACUGAAUGAGCAUUCAAUCUCUCCAGUUGAAAAGUGCACUGAGUCAUCUGUGGCUGGCAAAAAGACCAAGCUCUACAGCUGUGCUCACUGUAGCUAUAAGACCCCACAGUUUAGUAAUUUGAAGAGUCACAUUCGGAAACACACAGGAGAAAAACCUUUCAGCUGCAAAUUUUGUGAUUAUAAAUGUGCUCAGUUAGGUAAUUUGAAAGUACAUAUCAGAACACAUACAGGAGAAACACCUUUCAGCUGCGAAUUUUGUGAUUUCAAAACUGCUCAUUCAAAUACUUUGGAAGCACAUAUCAGAACACAUACAGGAGAAACUCCCUUCAGCUGCAAUUUUUGUGAAUAUAAAUGUGCCCAGUUAGGUAAUUUGAAAGUACAUAUCAGAACACAUACAGGAGAAACACCUUUCAGCUGCGAAUUUUGUGAUUUCAAAACUGCUCGUUCAAGUUCUUUGAAAACACAUAUCAGAACACAUACAGGAGAAACUCCCUUCAGCUGCGAUUUUUGUGAAUAUAAAUGUGCCCAGUUAGGUAAUUUGAAAAGACAUAUCAGAACACAUACAGGAGAAACACCUUUCAGCUGCGAAUUUUGUGAUUUCAAAACUGCUCAUUCAAGUGCUUUGAGAGCACAUAUCAGAACACAUACAGGAGAAACUCCCAUCAGCUGCAAAUUUUGUGAAUAUAAAUGUGCCCAGUUAGGUAGUUUGAAAAGACAUAUCAGAACACAUACAGGAGAAACUCCCUUCAGCUGCGAAUUUUGUGAUUUCAAAACUGCUCGUUCAAGUUCUUUGAAAGCACAUAUCAGAACACAUACAGGAGAAACUCCCUUCAGCUGCGAAUUUUGUGAUUUCAAAACUGCUCGUUCAAGUUCUUUGAAAGCACAUAUCAGAACACAUACAGGAGAAACUCCCUUCAGCUGCGAUUUUUGUGAUUUCAAAACUGCUCAUUCAAGUACUUUGAAAGCACAUAUUAGAACACAUACAGGAGAAACACCUUCAGCUGCGAAUUUUGUGAUUUCAAAACUGCUCGUUCAAGUUCUUUGAAAGCACAUAUCAGAACACAUACAGGAGAAAAACCUUUCAGCUGCGAACUAUGUGAUUUCAAAACUGCUGAUUCAAGUUCUUUGAAAAUACAUAUCAGAACACAUACAGGAGAAACACCCUUCAGCUGCGAAUUUUGUGAUUUCAAAACAGCUCGUUCAAGUUCUUUAAAAGCACAUAUCAGAACACAUACAGGAGAAACACCUUUCAGCUGCGAAUUUUGUGAUUUCAAAUCUGCUGAUUCAAGUUCUAUGAAAAGACAUAUCAGAACACAUACAGGAGAAAAACCUUUCAGCUGCAAUUUUUGUGAUUUCAAUACUGCUCGUUCAAGUUCUUUGAAGGCACAUAUCAGAACACAUACAGGAGAAACUCCCUUUAGCUGCGAUUUUUGUGAUUUCAAAACUGCUCAUUCAAAUACUUUGAAAGCACAUAUUAGAACACAUACAGGAGAAACUUCUCCUAGCUAAGUAUUCUGUGACCAUACAUGCACUCAUUCAAAUGUUACAUCUAAUUCCAUGCUAAGAAAACACUUGCUGAAAAUGUCUCACAUUAGACUGCUGAAAGUGAGCACCUUAUUAAUGUUGGUUUCUAUCCUUGUCCAUCAUUGGACAAAGCAGAUAGCUCUAUCCUUCUCUAUACUCUUUCUGUUCUCAAUUUUUUUGUAUACUAUGAAUAAGUAUAAUGAUUACCAGAAUAUUUUAUUCCAAUUCAUCACUAAAUCAUGGAAAAAUAUCUUUAUACUUGGCAAAAAGAGUAUUAAAACAGUUUAUUAUUAACACGAUUCAAUCACCAAUAUUUUGAACGAGGAUGACUCCAAUCAUAGCCAUCUGCUAGGCCUAAAUAGAAGGACUUCUCCCACAUAGGCAAGGGUGAGUUGACCCUUUAGAAUAACUCCACUCUACUGGACACAUACACUUAUACU